AUGCCACUUCCAGUUCCAGUCCCAGCACAGGCGAUCCCGAUACCUGUUGUGCCUCGCCGACCUCUGAAACGAUCAGCAUCGACAGCGUCGCUGCCUACACCACCUCGAACACAUCGAAGACACACUCGAGGAAGAUCCAGGGGCUCGUGCGAUAGCGACAGCGACAGUGACGCACACGAACAUGCGGUCUUGUCCAGUGAUGACGAUAACGAUGCGAUCGAGGCUGGCAUCCAUCAGAAGCACAAGAACAAGAAGAGGAGGACAGGAGAUGCUGUAGAGGACAACGAAGAGGCUUUCUGGCUUGGUAGUGGUACAGGUUCAGCGGGUCUGAACGCGACGUUGACCGGAGGUUCGUCGAAGAGCGGCAGCUCGUCCAAGAAUCAUGGAGUGCCUUUAUUAUAUCGACGUCUGCUGGCACAGACGGAGACAGAAGUGGACGUGGCCCCUGUUUCGCCACCGCCGUCAAAUCGCAAAACAGCCGUCGCGGUGUCGCCUGUCUCGGACCCAGAACUUACAGAGUCCCCUUCUCCCCCCUUCACUCCUAGGACGCGGUCACAAACCAAGAAGGCCGCGUUAACGCUGCGCGACUCGCCUGACAACCCAUUCCUAGUAACCCCUCAGAAGCAACUCAAUUCCAGGAGUGCCACGACCAGCCCCAAAACACCGACUCCUUUGGAACGUCCCAAUUUGACCUAUGUUUUCCGGGGUGUUAGGCGCGUCUUCAAUAACCCGCUUUUCAAUCACCAAGAAGGCCGGGCUUAUUCGCCUCCUCCUGAAUCCAAGCUCCCUAUUGACCACCCGGACUACUCCCCCGCUCUCAACUGUCCUCCAAAGCUUCUCUUCCCCGAAGCUCGUCGUGGAAAGGGCAAGAAGCCAGUACGAGCUACCAGGAACCGUAAACGCUCGCCAUCCAUCAGCGGCGACGAAGGGGAGGACGAGGAACACGAUUUGACGGCAGCCAUUCGGCCGAAGCUAUUGAAUUUUGGACCACCAAAGGCCAAAGUGCAGACGUUGGAUCAGGAGCUUAAGUCCGCUGGCGAGCCUCUGUCGACAUGA